GAAUCAUGUAGUGGUUGUUGCAUGUUGCGAUGUGCGUAUAGUUCGCAUUCGGAGGCUUGUUCCUGUGACAGGCGCCUGAUUGCAGUAUGAUAGUGUCAGCAAAAGAAAUUGGCAGGAGUCGCUGUUAGACAGCCGGUGUACAAUGAUUGAGUAGACAGUAUGGUGAGCAUCAGCGAAAAAAAUGCAUCUCGCUCAUCCGGUGUGCAUGACCUAUAAAUAUCUGGCUGUGGGGGCUCGUAAGUCUUAUAGCAGCGGUCAGGUUCGGUGGUGCAGUAAUGAAAAUUGUUCUAGUAAUUUGUGCGGUGGCAGUUGCCGUGGUCAGUGCGAGCGAUGUAGAAAGCAAGCGAUACGAGCGACGCAUGCUGCCGGACGGUGCGCAGGAGAUCGACGAUCGUCAGCAGAUCGGGAGUAUUGGUUCGCUGAAGAAGAUCGUCGGUGGUGAACCAGUAACCAUCCAGAUGCACUCUUACCAGCUGUCGCUGCGCAAUUACGACUACCACAUCUGCGGUGCAUCGAUCAUAUCGAGCGUUUGGGCCCUCACUGCUGCCCAUUGCCUGUAUCCAGAUCCGGACCCCAAAACAAUCACUCUACGCGCCGGAACCAGCAACCAGUCGAUCGGUGGCCGUAUCUACAAUGCAUCUCGUAUCAUCAUUCACCCGAUGUACGAUCCCAGCUCGAUGGAUAACGACGCAGCAGUGAUUCGUGUGGACGCUUUCUUCCAUGGACCUGAUAUUGCAUACAUUGGACUGGUGCCGCUGGGUUUUGAACCGAUGGCGGGUGUCCGGGCUAUCGUAACGGGAUGGGGACGCCAGAGUGAGGAAUCGAAACAGUCGCAGACACUGGCUGGAGUGGAAAUACCCAUCGUAGAUAAGACUGACUGCAUGAAUCAGUGGAGCGGCGUUCAGGUGACACCACAAAUGAUCUGUGCCGGAGAGUUGGGCAAGGACUCGUGCAACGGUGACAGUGGCGGUCCGCUAGUUUCCGGUGGCCGCCAGAUCGGUAUCGUGUCGUGGGGAUCGACCAAAUGCGGUGGCCCUCUAGCUGCUAUCUACACGAAUCUGGGCAACGCGGCUAUUCGCACCUUUAUCAGCUCAACGACGGGCGUCUGAGAUUGAUGGUGUAUGUACGAACGAAUGAAGCAAAAUAAAGGUGUCCCCACAUUGAAUAACCAUUAUCAGUGGUUGAUGCACAAACCACGCCUGGUGUGACGUUCGUUUGUGUUUCGCGGUUGUUUUGGGGGUUUGAUUACAUUGCUGUAAUAUCAGCUGGGUCGAAAUUUCGAAUAUUAACAACGCUUUUACAGAAAGCUUUAAUGUGUAUGAUAUCUGAAGAGCUUACAAUGGAGCUUUCAAUGGUAAAAGUUUCAUGCUGUCUUUUCGCAUGAAAACUGCCAUGCUGACGAUAAUCAGUUGAGGGAAAAUUUUGAAAUAAUGGAGAAAAAAUGUUUUUUAUUCAACAAAACGAAUUACGAAACAACAUGAAAGUCAGCUAAGGUAAAAAAACAACCUAAGAAAUGAAAACAAAAAUGAAGUUCUAGUUUUAACGAAGCGAAUGUAUCAUACAAUCAUGGUAGAUACCAGCUGUAUCAUGUAAAAUGUA